CUCUCCACACUUGGUAUGAAGGCGAUUGACCCACAGCGAAGGCACCAGAAUGAGCUCUGCAUUAGCAGUCCGGACCCUAGAGGGCAGUUUCUCAUCAGAUGCUGCAGAAGGACUUUUCGCUCGGAUUUGUUCAUUUUUAGCUGGAGAUAUAAAGGAGUUAAAAACCUGUGAUUGAGAUUCAACUUUAACAUCUCAGGACAUUUUCCUCUACAGUCUGCCUGACUAUACCGAAUCUCUCUCUCUCUCUCUCUCUCUCUCUCUCUCUGUGUGUGUGUGUGUGUGUGUGUCUUCAGUGGUGUUUAAUUGAUGAAUCUGGCUGAACAGGAGGCGACAGACAGCAUGAAGCAUCAUGUUCACUAUCUGCUCCUCUGGGAAAAGCCUGCGAGCUGCUGCCUGCGCAGACCUGGAGCAGUUUGACUCAAUCCGCAGUGUUUUACUCUACAGUGAGCUCGAGCCUGAGUGGCUUGACGACGUUCAGAAGAAUGGUGAGCUUUUCUAUCUGGAGCUGAGUGAGGGUGAAGAAGAAGCUGCACUCUCUCACGUCGCUGCCACUCAGUCUGCUGCCACCAAUCAUGUGCGUUUCAGCGAAAAAGAGGCAGAGAUCAUCACUGACAAAGGCAGCAAAAAACGUUUGGACUCCAGCAUGAAAUCACAACUGAAAUUUAAGAAGCUUGCUAAAAUCCUCGGACGCAAACGAUGUCCGUCUCAAAGAAGCAGAACUGAUGGAAAAAAUGGCGGUGCCUUUCAACAACCGGCGUCUAUUUUGAAAAAUCAGACAGGGCAGCGGACAGGACUGGUCGUGCAGCAGCCAUACUUGAAGGAUGUCUGUGUUUACAUCAACCCUAAACGUCUGGGCAAUACUUAUACUCCUCCAGGGGGCUUGCUGGAGGCCUUAUUGGGAGUGGUCCUCCAGAGAGGAGAUGGUUUGGGCUGUAAUGGGGAGAGACUCAUCAUUCAUGGACUCGUACCUCAUAGUCCCGCUAGCAAGUGUGCACAAAUUUUAAUUGGUGAUGUCCUUGUGGCUGUAGACGAUGUUGAUGUUACAUCCGAGAAUAUUGAGAGAGUUCUGUCUUGUAUUUCAGGACCAACACAGGUGAAUUUGACUUUGGAGACUGGCGUUGCAGGCACUGUCGUGGACUCAGAGGUGCCGAGGCCGCGACCCACCGCCCCUGUCAGCCAGCUUGUGCGUCUCCUCUGGGGUGAGGACACCAUGGAGCUGCAGAUGAGUGUAGCACACAUUCCUCACAUCGUCAUGUGUCUAUCACUCAAGCUGGACUCUGAAUCGCCUCAGGAGGAGCAGGAGAUCCUGUACCAGUACCCAGUGACUGAGGCUGCAGCUAAACUGAAGGGAGUGAGAGGAAUCUUCCUUACACUGUGUGACAUGCUGGAGAAUGUCACUGGAGGACAGAUUGUUAGUUCCUCUCUGUUGCUCAGAAAGCAGUUGGUCCAUGUGGGUUAUUGGAAGGAAGGAGAUAAUCUGCUGGUGAUUGGUCUGCCUGCUGACAGGGUACCACUGCUGCAUCUACACAAUGUUAUAAGUGGAUUGGUGCGAACUCUCAGGGUCAUGUACGGCUCUCUGCAAGCUGCCUUCUGUGAUAUGGAGAAUGCUGCUCGGCUAGAUCAUUUCUUCUGCCUGUUCUUCCAGAGACUCAUCCAACCCUCUCGUUUGAGUGACAGCCCUGGCUCCUCACUCUCCAACAUCUCCGGGACCCUCUUCCUAGACAACUUACCUGCCAUGCGCUGGCUCACUUUACCACCAGACAUUAAGGUUGAAGUGGACACUGUUCUGUCAGACUUUGAAUCAUCAGACUUUGGUGACAUGUCAGAAGAUUUUUAUGGCAUGAGGCGUCUGUAUGUCAUUUUGGGGUCCUGUCUCUUCUACAAGGGUUAUCUGAUAGCAAACCACCUGCCUAAAGAGGACCUGCUGGAUGUGUGUCUGUACUGCCAGCAUUACUGUUUGCUGUGUCUGGGAGCGGAGCAGCGUGUGGGCCAGCUGGUAGUAUGGAGGGAGGUUUUCCUGCAGGGCAACUCUCAACCUGACCCCCAAACCUCCACCUCUCGCCCGGGCUUCUGUGAGUCCCAGAGCCGCUACUUUCUCCUCGUUGUGGGUCUGAGACAUUAUAUACAGUGUGUGUUACUGGAAGCUGGUGGUUGUGCAUCUCUUGCUCUCGGAUCUCCUGGCCCUGACUGCAUCUAUGUUGACCAGGUCAAAGCGACUCUCCUGCAGCUCGAGAGUCUUGAGGCUGCUAUUGAGGAACGCCUUCUAGCCCCUCCUACUCCUUGCUUGUCCUGUGCUGAUUGGUUUUUGCCCUCCAGUGGGCGGGACCGCCAGGACAUGAUUAGCAGCUCACCCAUUCUAAAUCGACUGACAGCAGCCAUCAAGCCACCGUCACCUGGAUCAAUUGGUCGUAGCCUGUUCAGAGAGGCAGGUUCAGGGCGGAAUGACAGGAAGCCAAGCCCACAGAGGAGUUUGUCGGAUAGCGGGAGUGAAGGCCGAAGUGAUCAGGUUGAUGUUGGGCUGAGGAUGCCAUCUGCUGUUACUCGCAGGGACUCGCUGGGAUCUGGGGGAUCGGACGGGAGUGGUGGCAGUGGAGGACUUUUUAAGAUUCCCAAACUUAGACAGCCCAAUCCUUUCUACUUGGGUUCCCUGAAGAAGAGCCUGACUGAGAGAGAGGUUGAGGAGAUGCAAAACAAUCUAAAGCUCACAGCAGGGUUGGAAAACACACUCUUUCACUAUAUUUUGAUGGAGACAGUGCAGGGCAUCUUCAUUACGCCAACACACCGUGAGCUAUCGCAGCUCAGCGGCUCCAUUCACCCUCAACUCAUCCGCAACUUUCACCACUGCUGCCUGUCCAUUCGCCACACCUUUCAGCAGAGCCUACCACCACAGGACAGAAGAGGAGCUGACAGGCUGCACGCUUCUCAAGGCCUUGGCCCAGUUAAAGAACAUGGCAUCUUGUUCCAGUGCAAACCUGAAAACUGGACUGACCAAAAGAAACCUGCACCCACAAUGACCUACUGGGUUAUCGGGCGGAUGGUGCUAGAACCCGUCCCUCAGGAGUUCUAUGUGUGUUUCCAUGACUCUGUGCCGGAGGUGCCUGUGGAGAUGGCCUUCAGGCUCUCAUUCGGCCUGGCCGUCUGAUUUUAUAUUUAGGUUUCCUGGAUAUUCCUCAUGGAAUGAAGAACUAAACAUUGUUAAAAUCGCAGGAGUUGGUCAUCUGAAAAUGUCAACACUUAUACCUCGGAUUUUUUUAAAGAGAGAAAUACAGCUAACGGGUUUAGGGACCUUGGUGCAAAAGCCUGUAUUUCCACUACGGAGCAGUGUAAAGCAUUCACUGGUGUGUGAGACAACUGUAAUUCUUAGCAGGUUAACUGGACCUGAAUGCACCUGUGGAAAUCACUGUUGGUGUGUAGUUACAGCAUUAAAACUGACAGCUAUACAUGUUUUUUUAAAUCACUCUGGGCCAAAAAAAAACUCCUAUUACUUGGCUAACAUUUGCACAGGUGUACAUGCUGAUGGUAUAGUAGGAUGCUAAUGUCACAUUAACCAAAAUCAGGGUUUUUUUAUGUGG